UGUAAAAUUUUCACCCGCACACUGUCGACAGUCUCGCGUUUUUCGAAGGUGGAAAACUUUCGCCAGUAGCCGUUUUCCUUUCUCGUUCGCGCACGUAGUUUUCUUCAACAUCGGAAUUUUCAUUUUCAUGUUACACAGUCGCCGUCAGUCACCACGGUACAGGCAGCCAGAGAGCAAGCAAAAGUCCAGUUUUCCUUCGAACUCGCACUUUUCAUGAUGCGUUGUCACUGCGAGGAGAGGAACCAUCAGGAAAAGAAGUGAAACAUUCCUCCAUCGUCGUCCUCGGCCCAGCGUUCAGCAGGUUCCACUGAAGAGGAACGUUUCGUGUCGCUGUGUGAAAAUUAUUGGGCAACAAUAAAAGUUGGGUGUGCUGGGUGGAAAGUGUUGCUGCUGUUGCUGCUGCUGGUGCAGGGGGAACUAAGGUUGUUGUCUGGACGGAGGAACAUCCGAAAAAGAUGGCAGCACUCAAUGACUUGGAGGUUCUGCGGGCGGAAAACGAGCGCCUGAACCGGGAACUCGAUCAGGCCAGUAGCGAGAACAUCCAGUCGGCCAAGUACGGGCUGGGACUGCUGGAAGAGAAGCAGUCGUUGCAGUCCAAGUGCGAGGAACUGGAAGCGCUGUACGAGAAUGCGAGGCACGAGCUGGAAAUCACACAAGAGGCGCUGCAAAAAUUUCAAAAGACACAGCAAGUCACCACCAAAAGCGGCAUCGAGCAGGAGGAUGCCUUGCUCAACGAGUCCGCCGCAAUGGAAACGUCGCUCAACCUGCAAAUCCUGGAGCUGGAAAAUGAAACCAAACAGCUGCGACACGAGCUGGAGCGGGUCACGAACGAACGGGACCGGAUGUUGCAGGAGAAUUCGGAAAUCGGCCGAGAUAAAUCCGGCGCGGAAGCGGAACGAGCUCGGUUAAAGGCCGAACUGAAAGACAUGAAAUACAGGGAAACACGAAUGCUCAGCGACUACAGUGAACUGGAGGAGGAGAACAUUUCCCUACAAAAGCAGGUGUCCAGCUUGCGGAGUUCACAGGUCGAAUUUGAAGGUGCCAAACAUGAACUUAGAAGACUCUCAGAGGAAAUAGAGUUGCUCAACUCACAAGUGGAGGAGUUGGCUAGCUUGAAAAAAAUCGCUGAAAAGCAAAUGGAAGAUGCACUGACCGCGCUGCAAAUUGAACGCGAACAAAAGUAUGCACUGAAGAAAGAGCUUGAUACACAUAUCAAUCGGGAAUCGAUGUACAACAUUAGCAAUCUGGCAAUCAGUAUACGGGGCAUGGAGGAGAGCACGCUGAAUAGCAGCGAUUGUGAAGACGAAAUGCCUACCUUGAAAGACUCGACACUCAAACGGUUGGAAACGUUGGAGGCAGAGACGGCCGAUCUCAAGUCACCCGACGGCACCAAGGUCGAUCUGUUCUCCGAGAUCCAUCUGAACGAGCUGAAAAAACUGGAAAAGCAAUUGGAGUCGAUCGACAGCGAGAAACUCAGCUUGACGGCCAACCUGCGGGAAGCGCAGCAGAAUCUGGACAAGAGUCAGAACGAAAUGCAGAACUUCAUGGCCAAGAUUACGCUACUCGCUGCUCAUGUGGAUGCGCUGGCGAAUCUCAAGAAACAGAUUGCGGCGGAGGACAAAUUUGCAAAUGUGUCCAACAACAAGGACAAGGUGAUGAACGACAAGCUGAACGAGGCCAUUCAGCUGUAUUCGAAUUGGUUUACCCUCAGCUCGAAGGAAAUCGACACUUUGAAGGCCGAUCUAGUCGAAUUGCAAAAGGGCCUGAACUGCUCAGACGCCAUGGCUGUGCUACGUAAUGAAAUUACCAACCUUAAAAAUAAGUUACUAUCCUCAGAGCAGAAAUCAUUGGAUCUGCACAGCGACGUGCAUGUACUGACAACGCUGUCCCAAACCGCUGGCCAAAGUCUGAACUUCACCCGCAGCAAUCUGGUAUCACUAAGUGACGAUCUCGCCCAGCUUUACCAUCUAGUUUGCACAGUAAACGGUGAGACGCCGAAUCGUGUCCUACUGGAUCACAAGAAUGACGAUCUGAGCUUCGACAACGAUUCCCUGUCUACCAUCCAGUCGCAGCUCAAGUCCGACAUCCUCACCUCGAAGCCGCACGUUUUCGAGGAUCUGCAGGCGCUCAGCGAUGCGGUCGAGAUCAAGAAGUACGUCGACACGAUCAGCGACCAGAUCAAGUACCUCAAGAGUGCCGUCGAGCACACGAUCGAACUGAACAAGGACAAGGUCUCGGACGUGGCCGCAGGCGACAAGGACGCCAAGGAGGAGAUCGCCGAUCUGCAUGAACAGAUCAUCAAGCUCAAGAGUUUGCUCUCGACGAAGCGGGAACAGAUCGCCACCCUGCGGACGGUACUCAAAUCGAACAAGAACACGGCCGAGGUUGCUCUGACGAACCUCAAGUCCAAGUACGAGAACGAGAAGCUGGUGGUGAGCGACACCAUGUCCAAGUUGCGAAACGAACUGAGAAUCCUCAAAGAGGAUGCCGCUACCUUCUCGAGUCUCCGGGCGAUGUUUGCUGCCCGUUGCGAGGAGUACGUAACGCAGGUGGAUGAGCUGACACACCAGCUGUCGGCUGCCGAAGAAGAGAAGAAGACUCUGAACCAACUGCUGAGGUUGGCGGUGCAGCAGAAGUUGAGCCUUACCCAAAAAUUGGAGGAACUGGAAAUGGAUCGCGAAAUGCGUCACGUCCGCCGACCAGCGAUGCCAGCCCGUGGCGGUGGCAAGUCUGCCUUUUCUCGAGGAAUGCCUGCUCGCAGUAGCAACCAGAACGCCAACAACAGCAGCAACAAUCCGAACCAAGCAUUCUUCUAACAUAAGGUUAGCGUACAGCGUAAGAUCUUGGCCUUCCUUUACACGCUACUAAAGCUGUAAAUAGCCAAACACAAAACAAAAAACGAUGAGUAACGUCCAACUUUGUUGCACUUGAUCGCAAAGGACGUUACUUCGUUUGUUUCUCAACCACCUUCCUUUCGCGAAGACUGGAAAUGCGCGAAUCUAUCCAUCCAAUCAAAUUAGGUUUUCCUCGGUUUUACCGCUGCCCAUACUUACUACAUCCGUAAGCUAAAUUGUUUACCAGUGCAUCCGCAUCCACCAUCCGCGUCAGCCAGGGCGGGAAAUGGAUGGGGCUCUGCGUCUCACCUGCAGUUUUUGUACUAUACACCCCGGAUAUCGAAUGAGCUAAAUUUGUAAGCCAGAACUAAAUGUGCGACGAGUGUGUGAAGAAGCAUAUAUUUUUAAUAACAUUAUAGGACAACGGACGUGCGUUCCGGAGAGAAUGGAUCGGGAUGUGUGUCCCGAUGGAGAAGUUUUGCAUACUUAUACGGAGUAAGGCGAAUGUGUGAAAGUAUAUCGUUAAUUUAUUUUGAUAAGAUUAUAAUAUAUUAUACUACCUACACAACAAGCAGUGGCUAACAAAACCAAUAUUCAAACAGUUUAUUAUUGCUAUUUGUUUAGGGAUCAAAAAAGGGGAAGAUUGAACACUGUCUUGUGUAUGAAAACUGUAAAAGAUCACAAAAGUUAAAUUUUCUUGCAAUUUCCCUCACACAAGUUUGCAAAGUAGUUUUAGACUUGAAGGGAAUAUAUUUACCUAUGGACAAGAAAAUAUGAAAUAAUUUAUUAUUGUCAAACAAUAAUGUUGUUGAUGAGAUUGAAAAGUUGUAGAUAUUUAUUUUGAUUAUUAUUUUGCGAUUGUCAGUGCAAUAAACUUUUUUUACAAUUAUGAUUUCAAGUUCGUUUCUUCUUAUGAGUUCUAUGGUAAAAUUAUUGAUUGAUUAGAAUUCUACGCUAUACACAGAGAAGAGUGAGAACUUUCUCAGAUCCUUUUUUUUAACAUCGGACCAAAUCUAUUUUAGGAAAAAAUCUUAGAACAAAUCGUAUGGUACCGCUUAAAACCAAUAACUAUGAGGUACAUAGAACAUUGCUUCGUUUGUGAUUUUUUGAGAACAAUUUAUCUCAAUUGCGAAUUUGCCAAAACAGCAAAACCACGCGGCUCACAUUUUUUGGCUAGGAAUAGUUUAGACCGUAGUUUUCUGAAGCAGCUUAUUUUGUAUCUCUCAAACAUACGUAUAAUUGGUAGCUUUUCAACGUAAGUUGGCAGUUGAAAAAGCCAGCUCAUACUUAGAAUACAACCAAAUUAGAUAAAUCAUUAGUGCUUAUGUUGAGCGUUAGUACAUACCUAAAGUAUAUCCCAAUAAACUUAUGAGAGCAUACUAACUUUGGCGAAUAACAGCAUGCAUUCAUCACGGACUAUUCCUUGGAAUUAAAAUGCGCGCUUUUUAGAAAUUGGUUUGCGGAUAUUAUGACGACUCAGCUUGAUCUUAAAAGGAAUUGGAAGAACGUGCCAUCAACUCUUCUAAUCAAGUAAUUUUACCAACAACGAUUCAGUUUUAAUCACUGUGCGAUGAGAUUCCUGCGAAGACAGCUAAAUUGUGCUAUACCUAUUUCGUUAUCAUGAUUUCCCAUGAAGGAAUAUGGAGAUAUCGUUGCAAAUUGAGAAUGUUGUUGCACGGACGACGAUACCGUAUUAUCUGCAGAUAAAAGUACUUGGGAAAUCUCUGCAAACACAUUCGGCAGAGUGUAUGAAUUAGUGAAUUUUGAAGUCUUCUAGAAAAAAAUAUUGAUAAGCUAGUUGGGAUUCCUUCGCACAGUGUGGCUGUUUAUAAUUUUCAAUUAUUAUCAAACUGCCCAAAAAUACUGAAAUCGUAAAGAAUUAAGAAUAUCACACAAAUAUUUAUACUGUGACAAAGCGAAAAGCAAACAUCACGAUUCUGUCCUCACGUUUUAGGAGAAAAUGAUAUUUUUUCUAUCAAAGAAGCGUCCAAAACUGAAUGUCAAAAAAAUAAUAAAUUCCAGUUAAGAGUUAGGAAAAUAAAGCAAAUAAACGAACAAAAUUAUUUGUGAACACAAUAAAAGAAGAAAAAGGAAAAACGAAGAAAAUCACCGAGCCAUUUAUUUAUUUAACUAAUUAAGAAAAAUCUGAAUUUAAAUCUAACUGUGUGCGUUAUAAAACCAGGCAAAAAUAAUCUCACUGUUCCAUGUGAAAGAAACAAAUGAACAAUGUCCAUCAGUCAAUGGGAUACAAAUUGUAAGAUGCCACACUGAAUAAAGAAUAAAGUUAAUCACCGUCCCUUUUUACGAGAUCGAAGUAAAACUAAAAGCAAACAAAUCGUGUGUGUGUAAUGUAAGCAGUUAGUAGAAAAUCAAUAAUCUUAUUUAUCCGUUUGUUUCAUAAACGUAACUGUUGAUUGUUAACAUAUGUAAAAAUCGUGUGAAUCAACCAUCGCUUCAGUUUGUUGAUUGUUUCGCUUUUUGAAAGUAAUGCACCCUCUGACAAAAACAUCGUUAGUUAGAUAUCAUGGUGCUUCGAUUAUGUUUUCGCUUAAAGAUCUGUUUCUGUUUAUUCCUGAAAACAUGCUUUUUCAAAUGGCUUGUUAAUGAGAAUCGGUGAGAAAUAGAAGAGCUCGAACAAAUUUCGAAUAUAAUCGAUAAAAGCAAUGUUUUCUUUCCAAGGAACGCGUCGUUACAUUUGGUGGUAGCGACAAACACAUAGUUGAUUAACCGGAGGAUGAAAAAGUGAACUGAAUCCAUCUAAUAUGAAUGAAACGAAGAAAGUAAAAGUUGCUGUCCAAAAAUAGAUAAAUAACCACAGUGUAGUAAUUUUUAGUAGCCAUAACCAACCACAGAUAUGUAGAUAAUACAUAAGUUCAGUCCGGAAACGUAUCUGUUGCGUGGCCGUUGUAGCACUCAGGUCGUUGUAGUGCUCGCGCCAAAAUAGAACCACAUAGAACAUACCCCUAAAAAUUUGCGGGAAUUAAUCUAAAUAGCAAAGUUCAUUGCAAUUUGUUCUAUAGAUAGUAAUUAGGAAGCUAACCCAUAAAGUGAUUAUGACAAGACUACUCAAAUAAAUAUAGGCAUCCGUUUUUUUUAAAUUUUCCAACAAAUUCGUUGAUACAUAGUUACUGCAUUAGAAUCCAGUUCUACCGUUUGUCAGAUUAAAUUGUAGAAAUAGUCCUUUUGGCCACGAACACAAGAAAACUUACCUGUUAGAAGACGUUUACAUGUUUCUACGUGCGCAAACUAACAGUUCAUACAGGCAGCAUGCGUUAAGAUACAAAUACAAAAUAUGUCUUGUCCUUAUUAGCAAUCUUCUCAGCUGGGUUAAAAUCCACUGAGUAGUCACAACACUAAUCAAAUUGGAAAGAGAGCAUAAUGCAAAAGAUAUUCUAAACACACUGAUCCUCAAGCACGCAUUGUUUCACGUUUCUGCGUUCGUUUCUACAUUUUUAGUGCAGAGCAGCUAGUAAAUAAGCGUAAACGGAUAUAGGAUUUCCAUCACAUCUUAACUUGGUAUAAUUCGACGAGAGCUUGAUAGCGAUAGAGCAAUAUUCUUUUGUAAUGAUUUAAUUUAGCAGUUUAUGCCAAGCGAAGGUCGUCGUUCGGUGUUAGAGUCUCUACCCUUUUGGACCCGCGGCAGAGCAGAGAUACGAGGUUUGAUUAUUAACAAAGCACUAAGAAAAUAUUGGCGCAUUGCUGCGUCUGCAGCUAGCGACAGGUUAGUAUGUAUCAUUUGCUAACUUAUAUUAAUUUAUUGUAUCAUUAAAAAUGAACGUAAAAUAUAAUGAAAAAGUCUAUAUUGUAAAAGUCUUACACAGAAAAAAAAUACCUUGAA